CAACUCCCAAGUAUAACCGUAAAGUGUAAAAUGGUAUAAACCGUGGCACGGCAAAAACCUAUAUGUCAACCUAUAUAUGGUAUUUUUCAUAUAUAUCUCAACUAUAUAUGGCCUUGAUCUCAACACCGGUAGUAACGUAUAUUUAUUUCACAGGAUAUACCAAUUCAUUGUGGAGUCUUUUAGUCUGAAAGUUUAAGCAUAGCAAAAUGAAACCAACAGGACUUUUCCCCAGUGCUCAGGCUGAACUGGAAGAAGCACACAAGUCAAAUAAGAAACACAAGAAGAAGAAAAAGAAGGCGAAGCGCCGACGGUCUAGCUCGAGCAGUUCGAGCAGUGACGGUGAUCAAUGGGUGGAAAAGCCUCCCACAACCACUGCUGCUACAGCAUCACAGGUGUCUAAAAAGACUGCUGGCGACAGCCCUUCGACGUCUGGUAUUAACGAGACACCUGCUCCGAAGCGCGACGCCUGGAUGGCAGUAGAGGACAUCUUUACGGGCGUAACUGCCGGCGAGGUGCGCGACCGGCGCCGGCAAACUAAACAGCAGGCACGCGAGGCGGAGGAGCGCCAGCGUCAAGCCGACUAUGAAGCGCGCAAGUGGCGGGAGCCGACCGAAGGGUCAACGAAGCCGACCACGCCGGUCGGCGAUGGUGGCGCCAGUUGGCUGCGGCGUGCACUGCAGCGGGCCAAGCAGCAGGCCGCCGAGUCUGGCAGGCCGCUGGAGGAGAUUGUCGCCGAGCGCUGGGGCUCGAUGGAAAAGCUGCAGUCGAUGCUAGACGCCGCCGAACAGAGGAAGGCACCCGCCCAGUCUGACUCUGCACCACACAGGGGUACGAGAGAGCGUGGCUGGCGACGAGGCUCCGAGCGGCGUCGUAGCCAGAGUAGGGAGAGGGAGCGAGACAGAGACCGAGGCAGGGAGCGGAGUAAAAGCAGGGAGCGAAAUCGGAACAGGAACAUCGAGCGAGGACGAAGCAUUAGUUCCGAGAGACGGGAUAAAAGCAAGGAACGGAGACGCAGUAGAAGUAAGGAAAGGAGACGUAGUAGAAGUAAGGAACGAAAAAUAGAUGAAAGUCGAAGCAUCAUUCGAGAACGAGGUAGAAGUAAAAGCAGGGAAAGAAAACGGAAUAGAAGCAGGAGUAAUGAACGGAGAAGGGAUAGAAGUGGAAGUAACGAGCGAAGACGAGGUAGGAGCAGAAGCAAAGAUCGAAGUACAGAAAAGAAACGAGGAGAUCGGCGAGAUCGGAGAAGCAAUGAAAGAAGUCGAAGCAGGAGUGUGGAAAGAAAACAUGUUGCUGAUCUUGACAGGUCAUCAAUCGAAAAGAAGCAUGCUGACCUUGUUUCCAGUGGUGUUGAUGGCCUCCCCGGGACAGUAGGAAGUGGAAAUGCCAAAAAAGCAGAAGAUAUCGCACUUAGCAAAGAUUCUUCUCGAGGUGAAUACACUAGACUCCCCCCGCUCGGCUCAGAGUCCGGCUCAGAUGACGAAGACGACGCUGGAGCCUCGAGUCGCACGGCACCGCCACGGCCGCUCACAGACAGCGAGAUGAACGCGCUCGCUGCCAAAAUCCUCAAGGCGGAGCUGAACGGUGACGAUGACGACGCGGCAGAGCUGCAGAAACAGCUAGACGCGGCUCGGCAGUUACGGGCCGCUGGGGGCGGGGCGGCACGAACAACAGAAAAGACGGAGAAAGUGGUGGUUGUCGUUGGCAAGGGCGAGCGUGGUCCGAGCAGCGGUGACGCCAGACCGAACAAGAAGCGCAAGGCGGACACCCAUCGCGGCGGCGAGCGGACUAAGUAUUUUGCCGACGACGAUCGGCUCAACUUGCGUGACAUGUUCGAGCGCGAGCGGCGCACCACGCCGGCAGACGAAGCGGCGGCGCUGGCGCGCCUGGCAGCGCGAGGUGUCCGCCAAACUCGUCAUCACGACGACGAUCAUGGGCUUGACGAGCAGCUGGCUGAGCGCGCGGGCCGCGCUGAGCCGGAGCGGGCGCAGGACGAGAGGUCAGCGGCGCGGGCGCGCACCCAGCACCGGCACAUGGAGCGGUGCACGCGCUGCUUCGACAGCCGGCACACACUGCGCCACUUGAUCGCCGCGCUGGGCGACAAGAGCUACUUGUCGCUGCCUGCCGGCCGCUCCGUCACGGACCACCACUGUCUGAUCGUGCCGCUGCAGCACGCCGUCAGCCUCACGGCGGUAGAGGAAGACACCUGGGAGGAAAUGAUGCGGUUCCGCGCCGCUGUCGUCGCCAUGUUCGCAGCAGAUGACCAGGACGUUAUUUUCUUCGAGAGCGCUCUGAAGCUGCAAACGCACCCACAUACCGUGCUGCACUGCGUGCCGGUGCCGCGUGAGACCGGUGACUUGGCACCGAUCUACUUUAAAAAGGCUUUGGAAGAGAGUGAGACAGAAUGGAGCCAGAAUAAAAAGGUGGUGGACUUACGCGGUCGUGACGUGCGCCGCGCGAUACCUAAGGGUCUACCCUACUUUUUCGUGGACUUCGGAAUGCAACCCGGCUUUGCGCACGUGGUGGAAGACGAGGACAUCUUCCCGGAUAACUUCGCACAGGAGGUGAUUGGUGGCAUGCUCGAGCUGGAUCCGACCGCCUGGCGCCGCUCCAAGAACGAGACACUCGAGCAGCAGCGCAAGAAGACGAUGGAUUUCACCAAAAUAUGGAACCCACACGACUUCACGAAGGACGGAUGAAAAGCCUCGCCGAGCUCAAAGCAAAGGUGUGAAUUGUUUUCAUGUGUUUUAUUUGGCCCGAUUAUAUCGGGCAAUAGUUGGGUUGUCAGCAGCCCAAGGGAUGAUGACUAACGUUGCGUGAUGUUCAUUAUCCUCUCAAUUCAUUUGUGUCACUCCUCACAAAAUACGAAUUGCAGCAAAUGUGAUCGCAUUCACCUGUCCAUAAUACAUAUAUGCUUUGCAA